AAAGGGGCGGUGGAAAACUUUACCCUUACAUGCUCUACACGUUUGAGCCAGUUGGGGAAUCAUACUAUAAGAAGAUGGACAACGUGGCUCCUAUGAACGGGACUGGUAUGAUGUAUUUGAACACAACGGGUAACUCUUAUGUGGCUGUGAAGACCAACGAUUCUUCAAAAGAGAGGAUGGUCAACGUGUAUCCCCCCGGCAGUGGAGUGGCGAAACUUCAGACUGUCUAUAUCAACGAAACUAUCGGAGAGCGUUCUAUACCAAGCAGCAACAAAGUGGAAUCUCAACAACCGGCAAGUUUUAACGGUACAACACUCUUUAUUAACGGUAAAACCGACUACUAUAAAGAGGGCGGACUCGAGACGAUCGACAUCCUGAAAGCCAAACUGUCGACUGAGCAAUUCGAGGGAUUCUGUAUUGGAAACGUCUACAAGUACCUGACGAGAGCGGGCAAGAAACCUGACAACACCAAGACGGCCGAUUUCAAGAAAGCUUCUUACUAUCUCGGACAAUUACUAUGACGGCCAAGUCACACUGGGACAAACUACCGGCCGAGCUUCAGACGAUGAUUGUUAGGCGGGCACGGUUCGAGGAUGCAAAAGAUAAAGUCUUAUCAAAACUUCAGUUUCCAAAUGACCCCCUGGUUAUGGAGGGUGUACCAGCAAUCGACACUGUGCUAGAUGUGUAUACGUUUUAUCUUGGUGGUGGGGUUUCUGGGUAUAAUGUCAGAGGGUGGAAAGUUUACUACAGACGGCGCCCGGAUGGGGAUAAACCGACACUUGCCCAGCUAGAUUCAUGGAUUACAGUUAGAGAGUUUAGGUCUGACGUAUCAGAGAACAGGGGUACAUAUCAGUGGGUGGGCGGCUAUUUGGGUAAAAUGAAGAGACGUUGGUAUAAUGAAGUAGACUAUUCACUCUGGCUUUAACAUUUCAAAGUCCCAAAGAGUGAUUUUCAAACUCCGCUCUUGUGUAACCCAUUACGCUAUCAAUCAACACGU